CUGACAUUACAUCAGCUCGGGGAAACAUAGUAAGGACACUGUGUGUGUGUGUCAGAGUACAUGCUCCUUUCAGCUUGAGCACAACAAAGUAGUCGGCACAUUUCUCUCGGUUCUGAGGCGUCAUCAGCAGCUGUAGGAAAAGGCAUUAAAACCAUGGCUGUGCGCAUCAUACGUGGGAUGGAAGACCUGGUGGCGUCGGGCAGUCAGCUUGUCUGGAGCAUGGCACAUCAGACACUGAGGAGCUGGUACAACAGCGGGCUGAUGCCCUGCAGGCGCUUCCUCGAUGCCUGGUUCACGAUUGGGAAAUGCUACCAGAUGACAGAGGGCCGUCAGUGUCAGGUUCACCUCCUCGAUGACAGGAAGCUGGAGCUGCUGGUUCAGCCCAAGCUGUUGUCCCGUGAGCUGUUAGAUUUGGUGGCUUCACAUUUUACCCUGAAGGAGAAGGAAUACUUUGGGUUGAGCUACAUAGAUGACACGGGCCAGAAUAACUGGCUCCAGCUGGAUCGUAAAGUCCUCGAUCAUGACUUCUCCAAGACUUCGGGCCCUUUGGAACUCAAAUUCCUCGUGAGAUUUUACAUUGAGAAGAUAACCUACUUGAAAGACAACGCAACAGUGGAGCUCUUCUUCCUGAACGCUAAAUCUUUAGUGUUCAAUGGGACCAUCGAAGUGGAGAGUGAAAAUGUUUUCAAGUUAGCCGCAUUCGCAUUGCAGGAGGCUAAAGGAGAAUACACAAGUACUGAGGCUGCCAGAUCUCACCUGAAGCAGUUCCCAGUUCUGCCCACCAGAGUGUUACAGGAGCACCCAUCCCUCAAUUACUGUGAGGACAAAGUCAUUGAACAUUACAAGAAGCUAAAGGGACUGACCAGAGGACAAGCCAUUGUGCAGUAUCUGGCGCUGGCGGAGUCCCUGCCAACAUACGGAGUCCAUUACUACCAAGUGAAGGACAAGCAAGGAUUACCGUGGUGGCUGGGCGUCAGCUACAAAGGCAUCGGACAGUACGACCUGCAGGAUAAACUCAAGCCAAGAAAGUACCGCGGCCCGGCACUCCGUCUGGGCCUGGCCAACUUUGGCUUGGGUCUGAUUUUCACUCAGAGUGGUUCCUCACAUGAGUGGUGCUGUAGAAACCACGUGUCUCCUCAGCAGGUGGGUGGUGAGGGAGCAGAUUCCCCUCCCGGGGUGUCAAAGCGGGCGAAAAACCUCUGA